AGUAAAGAAAUAAAAAAGUUAAGCUUCAAAAAAUAUUGUAGUUAUUUGACUUUAGUUUAUUAUCUACAUCUGUGGUAAAUAGUAACCGAAAAAUGAUAAGUGAUACAUACAUAUUUGUCUAUGCAUGGUGAUUUAUGAUAUAAGCAGAGACAACCGACAGAUUAAAAAGAAGACUUCUUAAAAAAAUUAAUUAUUAUUAACAUUUACACUAUUGUAUAAGUAUAUAUUUUAACAAAGUGUGUUAUUUAAAUUGUGAAUUAAAUUUCUUUCUUAAUGAACUCUGUACAAUAUUUAAAUUAUUACGUUUCUAUCGAUUUAAAACUACUCGCGAAUAAACUUAUUAAAAUAUAUUCUUUAAAAAUUAAUUUUCUUUCAUUAUCGAUGUGAUUAUACAGUUCUGAACUAUGAGCUGGAAGGUAUACUUAAUUUUGUGUAAAUCAGAAAAAUGUGUACAUUGGAAAUUAUUAAGUAUUAUCACUAAUUAUUUUUAAAAUGGAAGCAAAAGAUGAAGAAAAAUGUAAACAAAUCGAUAUAGAACUAAUAGAAAUUGAUUUAGAAAUUGCUCAACUACAAAAAAGGAAAUCUGAUCUUAUUAAACAUAAAGAACAAUUAAAGUAUUUAUCAUAUCAACGACAGACAGACUUAAUAAGUGAUAAAAAGAAAUGGACUCAUAAAGAUUUUCCAUGGUAUAAUAUAGUACAAGAAACAUUGAAAAAUAAAUUUAAAUUGGAAACAUUUCGGCCACAGCAAUUGGCUGCAAUCAACAUAACAUUAUCAAAACAUGAUGCUUUACUUAUUAUGCCCACAGGUGGUGGUAAAUCUUUAUGCUACCAGUUGCCUGCUAUAAUUGAUAAAGGUUUUACUCUGGUUGUUAGUCCAAUGGUUUCACUAAUGGAAGAUCAAAUAAUUCAGUUAAAUAAAUUCAAAAUCAAUGCCAAAAUGAUAAGUUCCUAUUCUACUAAGGAAGAAACUAAAUUACUCUAUCAGAUGAUGAUUGAUGGAAAAUCUAUGUUGAAAUUAGUUUAUUGUACACCUGAGAGAAUUGCAAAAAGCAAAAUUUUUAUGACAAAAUUACAAAAAGCAUAUAAUUUAAAUCUUUUAUCUAGAAUAGCAAUUGAUGAAGUUCAUUGUUGUACAACGUGGGGACAUGAUUUUCGACCUGAUUAUACACAUCUUACCAUUUUUAAACCAAUGUUUCCCGAUAUACCAGUUUUGGGAUUAACAGCAACUGCAUCAUCUAAAGUUAUUACAGAUACACAAAAAUUAUUACAAAUCCAAGGAUGUGCUCUAUUAAAGGCGACAUUUAAUAGACCUAACUUAUUUUAUGAGGUAAAAUGGAAACCAGAUAAUAAAGAAUGUUUGGAUGAAUUUGAGUCUUUAUUAAAAAAUAAAUUCAAAAACCAGUCUGGGAUUAUAUAUACUACUUCAAUUAAAGACUGUGAAAAUUUAAAAAAAGAAUUAAGAGAACGUGGAUGCAAAGUUGGAGCCUAUCAUGCACAACUAGAAGCACCACUGAGAACUAAAAUUCAUAACAAAUGGUUAAAUGGUGAGUAUCAAGCAGUUGUAGCUACCAUUGCAUUUGGAUUAGGAAUUGAUAAACCUGAUGUUCGAUUUGUAAUUCAUCAUGCUUUGUCAAAAUCAAUUGAAAACUUUUACCAAGAAAGUGGUCGAGCAGGAAGAGAUGGCAAAAAAUCUACAUGUUUGCUGUAUUAUAAAUUGAGUGAUGUUUUUAAAUUAAGCACAAUGGUGUUUACUACACAAACAGGACUACCCAAUUUAUAUUCAAUUAUAAAAUAUUGUUUAAACUCUAAAGACUGUAGACGUAAGUUAAUUGCUUCACAUUUUGAUGAAUCCUGGGAAUCAAUUGAUUGUAAUAAAAUGUGUGAUCAUUGUUCUACCGAGUUAACUACAAAACGUAUUAGUAUCACUGAAUAUUGUAAAGAUUUAUAUGAAAUAUUAAACGUAACAUCAAAUAAUGAUAUGAAAUUAACUGCCCAAAUGCUCUUAGAUUCAUGGUAUGGUAAAUAUAAUAAAAAAAUGAAAAUAACUAACAUAAAACCACCUACCUUUUCAAGAAUGAGAGCAGAAAUGAUUGUUGGUGAAUUGCUAGUACAAAACUAUUUAGCAGAGGAUUUUCAUUUUACUCCUUAUUCUACAAUAUCUUAUAUUAAGAGAGGUUCAAAUCAUAGUAAAUUAUUACAAGAUCACCAAAUUCAUAUGUAUAUAUCCAAAGAAAAAUUUAUUGAGCCUAAUUCAAAGAAAAUUAAAUUUUUGUAAUCUAAAAUUUAUUUUUUUAUUUAGUAAAUUGUUAAAAUAAUGUUUAUAUUGAAAAAGAAAUUUUACAUGUAUUCUGUCUACAAUUUUAUAACAUAAGUUAUAAAAUUUAGAGUGUUAAGAAAAAUAAGGUAUUUUGAUAAAAUGUA